AUGACUGGCGCACACUCUGGUUCCGGUCUUGGCGAUGCCAUCCGCAAGGGUGUGAAUAUGGUUCAUGGAACCGGCGAAGCCAUCCGCGGCAAUGCAAUGUCCAUGGUUGACGAAGCAAGCGGUGACCAGGCGAGCGCAGUCAAAAACCAAGAGAUUGCCAACAAGGGAGUCGACGAAUGGGACCGUGGCUACCGCGGUCAUGCCACAAGUGCUGGUGUUGCUCCUACCAAUACCACUUCCACGUCUACGAACUACGGUCCACACGACUCCAACAUUGGCAAUAAGCUGGACCCAAGAUUUGAUUCCGACACAGACCACAGGGGAACAGCAACCGGCUCUACCAAUGCUGGCCCCCACUCGACCAAUGUGGGCAACAAGCUUGACCCGCGCUUCGACUCUGACCAAGAUCAUCGAGCUGAUCCUACUUCUACAAUCGGUGCUGACUUACACACAUUUCUUCCUCUCCAGCAAACCGACGGCACUGACGAUAAAGAAAUCAUCUGGAACCUCUCAAAUGGUCUCAAAGAUACCUAUCAUGUAUCCCAUAAACACCAGCACGGUCCUAACCCCCCACACGAGCAUCGUGGCUCAAUAGGCGCACUAUCCGGACUGGAAGCAGCCAACAAACUCGAUCCCAUUUUCCCUGUCGGACCUGACGCCGAAUCAAUGAAGUAUACAGAUCACGCAAACAUCCACCGUCUCCGCGGCUCGAUAAGUGGUGCCUCUGGCCUCCAGGCUGCACAGAAACUUGAUCCCCCUAUUUUCGAGCCUGCGCAUGCCUCUGAUGAAGUGUUGGCUCGUGGACCAGGUCAUAACCAACCUGAACCGUCAUACUACCAUCCAAAGCCUACGUACAAGAGCAAUUUUGCCAAGUCGCUCGAUCGGGGUGUCGGUGUUGAACGACUUCAGCAGCCAGAUAGCGCAACUAAGGGGUCGAGAGCAAAUCCUAUUGAACACAUUGCUGGGUCUGGUACAACAAAAGGCGAGACAGGAUCAGUGCCGGGUACUCAAAAGAGCGAACCUCGCUAG